GAGCGGAGCUGGCCGAGCAGUGCAGUUGCAGAGGGAGGGCGAAGCGAGGCAGGGAGAGAAAGAGAGCGCUGGGCUGUGGCUCUUGCCUGACGUUCACGAGCGAGCGACAGCAAAGUGCAGCCAGACUCUCCGCCACGAAAGGCGAGCGAGCGAGCCAGAGCCGCACAGGAGGGAGCAGAGCAGACUAGGAGGAGCAGCUCUCCCUGUGCGCUGGGAUUUGUUAUUAAUUAUUAUUUUUACCCAAUCAUUAAUUUAUUCCCCCCCGCCCCCACUCUUACCGGCUUGGAUUUUCCCUCCACUCCCCGGCCAGUUUGGAUUUUGAAAGCGGUGGAAAGAAGGAAAGGGAUCCGAUCCCCACCCCCGAUCCCUCCCAGCUGCAGGAGAGCAGAACCGGGCUGAGACAGGGAUCCAAAGCGGGGAUCAGCCCCCCUCCCCUGAAAGGAAACUCCAGUUUGGGAGCAGCCGCAGGAAACCAACCCGAAGACUGGAAAAUGCAUUGAAACUUUCGGGCAAACUUUUUUUGUGUGCGCGCGCGUGGGUUUUUCUUACCUCUCCGAGGGGAAAUCUGUUACAAAUCGGUGCCGUUUGGAGCGUGGAUUGUCCCCCCGGGGGUCGGAUCGGAACCGGGCCGGACGGAGAAGGCUGAGCUUUGUGCAGGGAACAAGAGAGAGGGAGAGAGAGAGAGGGAAGAAAAGGGGGGGUGUCUGUUCCUUUGGCGGUUAGAGAGCCGGGCUCAUGGAGGGGUGAAACCCGAGACUGAAGAGUUCCCCCCUGGCCGCAAGCUUUGCAGAAAUCGCCCAGGGGAGCGGCUCCAGGAGAGGGAGGACGAGGGCACGGAGGAGUAGAGAGAAAGGGAAGGAGACAGGCGGCCAGAGAGAGACAUCAAAAGCUCAGCAAGCCACCCCCGACCUGCUCCAGGAAUCAUGAACUUUCUGUUCACUUGGAUCCACUGGGGGCUGGCGGCGCUGCUCUAUCUCCACAACGCCAAGUUGUCGCAGGCAGCUCCGACCCUGGGGGAUGGGGAGAGGAAACCCAAUGAAGUUAUCAGGUUCCUGGAGGUCUAUGAGCGCAGCUUCUGCAGGACGAUUGAGACCCUGGUGGACAUUUUCCAGGAGUAUCCCGAUGAGGUGGAGUACAUCUUCAAGCCGUCCUGCGUACCCCUGCUGAGGUGUGCAGGCUGCUGUGGUGACGAGGGCCUAGAAUGCGUCCCCAUGGAGGUGCACAACGUCACCAUGGAGAUAAUGAGAAUUAAACCCCAUCAGAGUCAGCACAUAGUGCACAUGAGCUUCUUACAGCACAGUAAAUGUGAAUGCAGACCAAAGAAAGACGUCAAAGCUAAACAAGAAAAAAAAUCAAAGCGAGGAAAGGGGAAGGGGCAAAAGAGAAAGCGCAAGAAAAGCCGGUACAAACCGCUCAGCUUUCACUGUGAGCCUUGCUCAGAGAGGAGAAAGCACUUGUUUGUACAAGAUCCCCAGACCUGUAAAUGUUCCUGCAAAUUCACAGACUCACGUUGCAAGUCGAGGCAGCUUGAGUUAAACGAGCGCACUUGCAGAUGUGAAAAGCCGAGACGGUGAGCAGCGGAGAAGAAGGGGGAACAGCCCUGUUUCUGGAGCUUGAUUUCUCGCCUGGAUGGAAAAAGAAAGAAAGAAAGAAAAAAACAAACCCUAAUCCAAAUGAACCCUAAAAUGAAGGAUCGGUAGAGCACAGCACUUUCAGUACGGACGAUGGACUCCGGAAGGAACAUUCCCCGAGGCACCCGCCGCACAGGAUUCACCUUUGGGUUUUGAACUGUUUUAUUUUAUUUUUUUUUUCUUUUCAUGCUGCUAAAUAACAGAGCCAGGAAGACUAUAGGGGUGUAUUUUAUGGGAUUCCCAUACAGACCUAUAUGUAGGUAUAAAUAUAUAUACAUACAUACAUCUAUAUAUGUGUAUAUAUUUUAACCACAUCUGUAUGUGUGUGUGCGCGCGAGUGUGUACGUACACACACUGAAUUUUUUUAACAUUGCUAAUGUUAUUGGUGUCUUCACUGGAUAUACUCGACUGCUGUGGACACAAGCGGGCUACUUGGGGCAUAAGAAACAAGCUGAGACUGGAAAGCGCUGGGUGUAGCCUUCUUAACUCUGACUGACUUGUGCGGCCGCCGCUGUUUCUCUGUUGCGUGGGCUGUUCCACAAACCACCUUCUCUUCCCCGUGCCGGGGAGGAGAGGAACCAGAGAGGAGGGGCAGGGAAUUCCAAAGAGCGGUGCCUUGGGGUGUUAUGGGUCAAAGGUCAAGGAAACGGAUUGGCACGCUGGGCCCUCUGCGUGGUUGAGGAUUCUUUUCCCCCUCCUUCCCUCCAACCUUUGCCCUUAUUCGUCUCAUGACCUGCCUUGCUGGGACACGGGAUGUCAGUGUACAUUUUGUAUUGAUUUGACUUGCUGUAGAAACUCUGCUGAGGGUAGAGUCUGGCCUUAAGGAUGGUGGGCAGCUGACGCACGAACCGUUCCCCUUGAGAAGGUAUCACAAGAAACUCGAUUUCUCACCCUGGUGGCUGCAAAACGACAGAGGGGCCUGCAGGGCGCUGAAGCAAGAAUGGGGACCCGUGCAUAGCCAGACAGCACGGUCUGCUCUCCUCAUGCACAGCGCUGCCACUGAAGAGCGUCCAAGAUGCGGAUUUCUGGAAAGGGAUAUUAAUCAAAAGUAUAUACACAGUAGGGGUGUGUGUGUAUGUGUGUUUGUGUGUCUGUAUAUCUAAUUAUCUGUACUUAUUAUAUAUAUAUAUAUACAGCAAAGAUUUUCGAAAGUGCCUAGUGAUUUAGGAUGCUUUCAUUGUUUGAGUGCUUCAUAUGAGAUACCCUAAGGAGGCCUGAUUUUUCCCCUUUCUCGAAACACCAGGCCUCUUUAAGGAGGCUCAAGUUGGGUACCCAUCACCUCAAAUCACUAGUCUCUUUUGAAAAUCUUGGCCAUCUCUCUCUAUAUCUGUAAUAUGCGCCAGUAUGCACACACACACACACACACACACUCACACCCCUGCACACCAAUGAGUGUUUGUAUGUCUAUGUGGAUAUAUAUAAUCGAGUUCUAUGAUUAAAAAAACAAUAAUCAAAAGGAUACUUGGUUUGUGUCAGAAUGCUGCCAGCCACCACCUGCAACUGAACUUUCAACGCCUAAUAAUGUACCAAAUGAAAGCGUCCCAAAAGACAAGACAGUCUAAAACCAGACUCACCACAAGUGACUACUAACCACUACGAAUUCCCCAGCCAACUGAUGGCUUUCAGGAGGAGGAAAACACGCGGGUGUGUGCCUGCAUCCAUCAUGUAUAUAUUCACGCUGCGUCAUGCUUAAGACAGAAGCUUCCGAGGCGGGAAGAGAAAGUGUUUUAUAUACUUAUUUAAUAUCCCUUUUUAAAUUAGAAAUUAAACAUAAUUUAAUUAAAGAGUAGGGAUUUUUCAGUAUUUCUUGUUAAUAUUUAAUUUCAACUAUUUAUAAACCAUACCUCCUUUUUUUUAACUGAUUGUGUAUAAGUUUAACCCUUUUAUGCCCCAACCCAUCUCCCCAAUUGUUGGCAGACUCAGUAGCAUGUUCUAGGUAGUUAUUUAAUUGAGUUUCUCUAACAGACACCCCUACACAUUCCUAUUGAGACAAGGGUUAGAUAUACAUCUACAUACUAUAUAUAUAUUUGGCUGUGUGUGUGUAUAUAUAUAUAUAUAUGUCUAUGUAUAUGUGUGAUUCGGAUUAAAUAGACGCUACGAUUUUUUUUAUAUAUGUAAAAAAAAAGGAACAAUAGAAAAUUCUACAUCCUGAAUUUCUCCUUUUUUAAUUUUAAUAUUUGUUAUCAUUUUAUUUAUUGGUGCUACUGUUUAUCUGUAAUAAUUGCGGGGAAAAAGAUAUUAACAAUA